GCCGGUCAAGGCCAGCACCGAGCCAUAACCCGAACUCGCAAUCUGGUAUGCGGAUUGGGCCGCCGCAAUGAAGCCAGUAUCCUGCCAGUGCCAGUCGUAAAGCCAUUGCGUGCACAACACAUGACUACCAGAGGACAAUCAUUUGCAUUGAUGUUUUUUUUGCCAAAGUACAAAAGUGCGAGGGAGACAAAUAAAUGCUGUUGCUGUGUUCACAAGGCACAUGUGGAAUUCUUUAGCUCCCUCUGUAACCUCGCCACAUCUCUAUCAUCAAUUUUUCCCCUUACUCCUUAUCACAUGAGUACAUGUUCUAUCAUAGUGUUUACCACUAAUACAUGUAUUGCCAUU